AUGACGUACCGAUCGAUCGGAACGAUCCAAUUUAUUUUCCGUUUCUUCCAAAUGGAAGAUCGUCCUUUGCCUCCCUUGUCUCGCCGUGUGAACUGUUAUGACGGUCUGUCGAAAGUCGCUCGCAAGAGCGCUCCAGCCACCGGAGGAGUCAAGAAGACGUAUCGCUAUCGUCCAGGAACGGUCGCUCUUUGUGAGAUCCGUCCCUACCAGUAUUCGACGGAGCUGCUGAUCCGCAAGUUGUCAUUCCAGCGCCUGGUCCAUGAAAUCGCUCGGGACUUCAAGACCGAUAUGCGAUUCCAGAGCUCGGCCGUCAUGGCCCUGCAGAGAGCGAGGCCUGUCUUUGAGGGUACCAUCAUGUGCGCGAUCCACACCAAGCGUAUCACCAUCAUGCCAAAGGACUUUCAGCUGGCUCGUCGUAUCCGUGGCGAU